CACACAAAGUGGUGUAGUAAAUCGCAAUCGCUCGUGGUUGGAUAAUGUAUUCAUGGAGGAAAUGCUCUGGUGCAAUCAGACGUUAUUAAACCGAAGAUGAGAGGAUAAGAGAACAGAGAGUUCCUUAUGAGUCUGCAACUGCAUCCGGCGACCGAGUUUCCGAUGCAAAAGGACUAUUCCUAUCAUGUUUCAGAUUUUGCAGGAUAACAAAAUUAUACCGUGAGACUACAUAAAAACCACAUUACAUAAUAUGUCUUAAUAUUGAGUGUGAAGUCUAAAUAAAUGUUACAACUUGCUUCUGUUUUACAGUGCCAAUAUAAACAGUAAAUAUUGUCCGUGGCUUAUUUAGCGCAUGACGAAACUGAAAUCUGCAAAUUUGAACGAUGCGUUUUCUUCAUUAGAUGAAAUCUGACUUCCUCUGGCGCCUCUGAAAUCUGAACUGCUGCAACAAAUAAGGCUUAAAGGGAACGAUUGCGGAAGAAGUGCAAAUAUGGUACGAAUGUGUUCCCAAAGGCCGGACGAGUCAAUCGGCGCGAGCGCACCGCACCCAACUCCCAUUGAGGGAACCACUAAUUGGACACAUCACAUUUAUCUGUGACGUCAUUUUAUUCAAUUGGCAACUGAGCAGCACGAAUAUGAGCGAGCUACGAGCACACCUAUCUUAGCUCAAAGAUAAACACGCCUUAUUUGAAGAUUUACUUACAGUUUCAGCGGAUGAGUUACAACUAUUAACAUACACAUACUAAUAAACCCUACCAGUAAACUAUUGCAUGCAGUGGAAGGGACGAUUUGUAAUAUCCCAUGCUAAAUAUCUAUGCGAAAGUUAAGACACUUAAGUCUUCCAAAUAAUAAACAAUAGGGCAUGUAACAACCAUUAUCGAGUUGUAAUGUAACGUUUCUAAUGUAGCAAAAUACAAAAACACUGUACUGAAUAAGGAAGGAAAAUUUGAAUUACCUCUACUAUUAAAAAGAUUAAUUUUAAGGUCAAUGUUUAAAAUACUGGAAUUAUACAUAAUUCAUAAUAAUGUAAAGAAACAUGCUUAUACGUAACACAAUACAUAGUAGGCAAUUGUUAUUAAAUAUACACUACGAGUAUGUUCUGAGCCAAUGGGUAAUAGGAGCAAAGGAAAUUAAUAAGUUGUACCUAUUGUUCAAACUGUACCUACUUGGACAGGUAUUACGAAAUUGCUGAAAACGUAACGUGGUCGCCCCACUUCCUUCACGCUACAUCUCCAGGGGCUGGAAGGACCAUCAGUAUUGUGCACGCGAUGACAAGUGCAAGGUGUUUCGCGACCAUUCCAGGCCCUAGGCCACUUCCUUUACUAGGGAACUCCUGGCGUUUUGCUAUCGGACAAAAGCCAUGGAGGACGCGUAAUUUGGACAUCACGUUAUGGAAUUUAAGGGCAUUAGCAGGCGCGGGUGGCGCUGCUAAAGUUGCUAAGCUAUUUGGACAUCCCGAUUUAGUAUUCCCAUUUUGUGCCGAGGAGACCGCGAAAAUUUACAGGCGCGAAGAUGCUAUGCCAUACAGAGCAGUCGCACCAUGCCUCAGGCAUUACAAACAGGAAUUACGAAAGGAUUUUUUUGGCAAUGAACCUGGACUAAUAGGCGUGCACGGCAUGCCAUGGUCAAAGUUUCGGUCUAAAGUGUCCAAAGCUCUUGUGGCACCAGAAGCGGCGAGGGCUGCUGUACCAUCGCUUGACGGCGUUGCUAUAGACUUUCUUGACAGGAUGGAGAACAUUGUAGACGAGAACAGGGAAAUGCCAAAUGAUUUUCUGAUGGAAUUAUACAAAUGGGCUCUGGAAUCUGUAGGUGCCUGGGCUUUAGGAACAAGACUAGGAUGUUUGAAAGAGCACGAUGCAGAUGCCAAGGAAAUAAUUAAAAGUAUUCACGGAUUUUUCCAUAGCGUUCCCGAACUUGAACUAUCAGCUCCCUUGUGGAGACUUUAUUCAACUCCAGCUUACAAAAACUAUAUCAAUGCAUUAGAUUCCUUUAGAAGUCUGUGUUUGAAGAGACUAACUGACAAAGGAGUUUGCGCUGAAAUAGCCAAAAAAUCCGGAGAAAAGGUUGCAACUAUAUUAGCUUUAGACUUGUUGCUAGUGGGAGUUGAUACUACUGCAGCGGCUGCGGCAAGCACUAUGUAUUUACUGGCGAAAAAUUCAAGAGCACAACAAAAGUUGCAAAAGGAACUGGACGAAAAUCUUCCUGUUGGCAGAAGUCUUAAUAGCAAGGAUCUGGAUAAGUUGCCAUAUUUGCGAGCUUGUAUCAAAGAAGCCUUGCGUAUCAAACCAGUAAUCUUGGGCAAUGGACGCUCAAUACAAUCAGAUGCGAUUAUAUCAGGAUAUCAAGUACCUAAAGGGUCACACGUCGUCUUUCCACACUACAUCAUGUCAAACGAAGAGAGAUACUUUCCAUCGCCACACGAAUAUGUUCCAGAACGUUGGAUGAGAGACAAUAGCAACGUUAUUGGAGAGGAGGAAUUUGCCAAACAGUUUGCCAAAGACUGUGAUCACACUAUGCAAAUACGGGGGAAACCAAACGGACCGAUCUGCGAACAUGCAAAGGCAUUGUCUGUGUGGAGCAAGCAAAAGGAAAUUGGAAUUCAUCCGUUUGCAUCUCUACCAUUCGGAUUCGGACGCCGAAUGUGUAUUGGGAAGAGAUUCGCUGAAGCGGAGCUGCAGCUUUUGUUAGCUAAGGUAUUCUACAAAUAUAACGUGACUUGGAGGCAUGGAGAGCUAACUUAUAGCGUGACACCGACUUAUGUGCCAAAUGAACCAUUGAAGUUUACACUUCAUUCGAGAAAACAGACCGAUUAACAUAGAUUAACUUAACGCUCAUACACACUAAGACAAAAAAAAAGUCCUCAGUAGUUUGAGCUCUUACGAGUAUUCAUUAGUGUCUUGUAAAUUAUGUUUGUAGCUACUUAGUGUUGUAAAGUUAUGUACCAAAUAGCCAAAUACAAUUGCUUACUUAAAAUUUCAAUAAAUUAAGUAAUUAUUAGA